AUGAAAUUUUUCUAUUAUUUAAUAUUUUUAUUCAAUUUUGUAACAUGUGAAACCGGAGAUAUAAUAGAAACAUAUUAUGGACCGAUUGCUGGACAAAAAAUUACAGUAUUAGGUGAAGAAAUGACUGAGUAUUUAGGAAUUCCAUAUGCACAACAACCAACUCACUUUUGGAGAUUCCAACCGCCAUAUGAAUUAGAAAAAAAUCGUUUUAAUACAACUUAUUAUGCAGUUCAUAAAGGUGAAGGAUGUCCACAACUUAUUAGAGAAAUGGGUUUUGAGGGAUAUGAUGCAUCAAAUCCAAAAAAUGGAACUGAUGAAAACUGUCUUAAAUUAAACAUGUGGGUUCCAAAAGAUGGAACAAAUAUGCCAGUUAUAGUUUUUUUCCAUGGUGGAAGUUGGACAGUAAGAACUGGUAGUGCUGAUAAAUUUAAUGGAUCUGUUCUUGCUUUAAAAACAAAAUCUAUUGUUGUUGUACCUAAUUUUAGACUUGGAUUUUUUGGUUUUGCUUAUUUAAGUGGUGAAGAUGGAAUAGAAGGUAACAUGGGAUUAUUAGAUCAACAAAUGGCAUUAAAAUGGAUUAAUAGAACAAUUGAAAGUUUUGGUGGUGAUAAAACAAAAGUGACUAUUUUUGGAACAAGUUCUGGAGCGUCAUCAGUAGCAGCUCAUUUAUUUUCCAAUAAUAGUAAACCAUUUUUCAAAAGAGGAAUAAUGAGUUCUGGUACUAUAACACAUUUUAUGACUACAGUUUCAACAGAUAUAGCUGACAAGAAUACUAGAAAUGUUUCAAGAUUGGUAGGAUGCAUUACUGAUGAAAAUGAAAAGACAAUAAAGAACACAGAAAUUUUAGAAUGUUUACGUAAUAAAACUGUAGAAGUUUUGUUAGAUGCUGCUAGAAAUGUUAGUGCUCCUGGUCAAAUGCCAACACCAUUUCCUUUUAUGCCUAUUAAUAACGAUACAGUUUUUUUCAAUGGAAGUAUUAAUGAAAUUUAUAAGAAAAAAGAAUUUAAUACAGAUGUUGAUUUGAUGCUUGGAAGAACAGCAGAUGAAGCAACAUUUUUUAUGGCAACUGGUUUCACAAAUAAUAGUAAAUUUGGUUGUUAUUUUUAUCCAAAUAAACUUGCUAAUGACACUGAUAAUCAAUGUGAUAUGAAUAGCACACACUUUGAAAAUCUAGUUCAAUUUGGGGGAAAAAUAUUAGGUUUUGACGAAACAGAAACUAAUGAAUUAAUAAAAAUUUAUAAUGAGUCUGCUACCACAUAUACUAACAGAUCUAUUAGAAUUUUAUCUGAUUUUAUUUUUGAUUGUGAACUUUCUAGAUUUGCAAUUACAUUUGCAAAUGCUUCUACUGGCAGUGCUUAUUUUUAUGAAUAUAAUAGACGUUCACCAAUAAACCCCUGGCCACAGUGGACUGGUGCAAUGCAUGGAGAUGAUUUAAUUGAUAUAUUUGGUAUUCCAUUUAGACAUCCUGAUAAAUAUGAUGACAAAAUUUUGCAACAUGAAAAAGUUAAUUCAGAGCAUGUAAUGUGGGCUAUAGGUAAUUUUACAAAUUCUGGUAAUCCAACAACGGUAUGGAAAAAAUUAGAUGAAAAUAAUUCUGAAGCUCUUGUAUUAAAUGGAGAAUUAGGGCAAACAGAAACAAGUCUACAAUAUAAAAAUGUUACACCAUCAACAUGUACUGAAUUUUAUAAACUUAUUUCUAAAUCUUAUCAAAGGAAAAUGAUGUUAAAAACUUUGACUACAACACCACCAAAUUCAUUUUAG